AUGUCAUUCAAAGUCGAUUGGAAUUCACUAGAAACCGAUUCUCUUCGUUCUUGGACUAAAGAUUUGCUCCAAGAGGCAUUGAACUCUGGGAAGAGACCUAGUAUCUUGGCGUCCCAGAUUUCAAUUAAAGACUUGAACUUCGGGAAGGUCGCUCCAGAUUUUGAAAUCCUUGAGAUUGGAGAAUUGGAUAAGGAUAGAUUCAGAGGAAUCUUCAAAAUCACCUACGAUGGAGACUUCUCUCUUACGUUGAAUACCAAGGUUGAAGGAAACCCUUUGAAGAUUUACAGUGAGAACUCCUUCCAAGAUGACUCGCAGAGAUUUGUAACACCCGAUUUUUUACUUUCGAACGACUCGUUCAAUAUCCCAUUGGAUUUGAAAUUAAGCCAAAUUAAGAUCCUGGGGAUCGGCAUUUUAGUGUUUAGUAAAACCAAGGGGCUUACACUUGUUUUCAAGAACGACCCAUUAGAUGGAAUUAAAGUCAGCUCUACUUUCGAUAAUGUCAAGGUAUUGGCCAAUUUCUUACAAGUCCAAAUUGAAAAUCAAAUUAGAGAUUUGUUCAGGGAAACUUUGCCCACUGUUAUUCAUCAAUUAUCGCUCAAAUAUAUACUGAGACUGUCGUCAUCGCAUGAAUUCUUGAAUAACUUGCACGAGAAAUUGCUCGAUAUUGAUUUGGACGACGUAGACAAGGUUUCCUUCAAUGAGAUGAAGGGAACUAACGGUAUUAACGGUAACUUGAUUAAGGUAUUGAAGCUUUUCAAUUCAAGAGAGAAAUUGGAUUUAAAAAUUCCUAAGUUUAAGGAUGUUAUACAGAGAAGUCACUUAGAGAAAUUUAAUAAGAAUUUCGCUCCAUCCUUAUCACAUAGCUUAAACAUCCCAACUGCUGAAAGAUCAAACGGCAUUCCAAUCAGCGUUUUAAUACAGCAAGAGGGAGGAGGAGUUAAUGAAUAUAAUAAGAUUGAUAAUACUUUGAAUAAGAUCAGUAACAUCCAACUGACAAAUUUCUACCAGUCAAGCAACAACAGCAAGCCUAAGAGAAGAGUUAUCAAAAUAAGAAAGAACAAGAACAAAGAAGUUGCAAAGGCUUCAGAAGUUGGCAUUGAAAGUACACCUAUGAGUACAGCUUCAAGUACCGUGGCCAAUUCGGUUGACAAUAGUCCAAAGAAGGUAGCAACAGAGGAUUCUCCUGCAGCUGUCUUACCAGCUAAUGUGGAAUCCACCGAAAUGGCCAAGACUUCAUCCAUUCAUCACCCAGUGCCAUUAAAGGUGCCACAAGAUUUCUACCACGAUUUGAUCAAGCAGAAACCGCAAUUGAAAGACCUAGUAGUGCCAGCCACGCCAACGUCAUCGCCAUAUACGCAUUCAAGAUUCCAUUACAACACAUCCCCCGUAAACUCCAACUCAUCACUUUUAAGUGGGUUAGGAUUGGGUAACAAUUAUUUCAACUUCACUACUUCACCAACGGAAACCACCCCCUCUAAUACUUCUAUUGCACUCACUAACCAGGAAAGAGACAAGAUUGAAGAAGAAAUUAGAAAAUCCAUCAACUACAUUAAUAUCAACGAAGUUAUUAGGAAUAAGAAUUUGAAGAAACUUCAACAACAUUCCAAGAACACGAAAAAUAUUAACAACAACAUCCCAGUCAAAAGAGCAAACAAUUCAUUGUUCCAAGACCUCCCACCUCCAUAUUAUCAAGUAUAA